GGAAGGAGGGAGCGGAGCUGGCGAGCGGCAGGAGUGUGUCCGAGAUGGCGAGUGUGCUGUCCAGGCGGCUGGGGAAGCGGUCCCUGCUGGGUGCUCGCAUUUCCGCUCCCCCUUUGCUGGGGGACGGAGUUCUUGUGACAACACAAGUUUCAUCUUUGCAACCGGAACUUAGCAAAGCGUCUUCUCCCCUUGCUUCGUAUGAGGAGCAGGCGGAAGAGUCCACCAAUCAGAACCAAAACUGGCUGGCGCUGCAACCGGGUCAAAAGGUUUAUGUUUUCUACAAUGGGCAAGAAAAUGCGGGUCUGGUGGACCACCAUGACCCCAUGAGUAAUGAAGUGAAGGUGUUGCUCCUGGAGCAUGGGUUUCACAUCUGCAGGAAAGCCAAGGAAGUGAGGCUAGCUGAGGUCCAGAUACCACCUCUUCCAGCUCUUGAGAUGGACCAUGCCACUCCCACAACGAUGGGCUACAGCACUGUCCCUGUGGCGAUGGAACAGUGUCCGACCACAGCACCUAUUGCCACAGCAUCUGCUCCGAGAUCAGUUUCUAGGAAUAUUGAUGUACCAAAAAGGAAAUCGGACGCUGCAGUGGAUAUGGAUGAGAUGAUGGCAGCAAUGGUCUUGACCAGCUUAUCCUGCAGUCCAGUUGUCCAGAGCCCCCCUAAUAGUGACACCAGCAUCCCUGUAUCCCAAGCAGCGUGUGACGUGUGGAAAGAGAGUGGCGAUAUGUCGGACGGCGGCAGCAGCACCACCAGUGGGCACUGGAGUGGUGGCAGUGGAAUCUCCACCCCUUCACCCCCCCACUCUGAGGCCAGUCCCAAGUACACAAGCGAGGCCUUCAGUUCCCCUCGGGCUGAUGACGGCUUUGAGACAGACUCGGAUCCUUUUGUCUUUGAGGAGCCUGCUCCGAGGAAAAGAAAGAAUUCCGUGAAGGUGAUGUACAAGUGUUUGUGGCCCAGCUGUGGCAAAGUCCUUCGCUCCAUUGUUGGGAUUAAGAGACAUGUGAAGACUCAGCACUUGGGGGAUGGGGCCAACUCUGACCAGAGGAAGAGGGAAGAAGACUUCUACUACACUGAAAUGCAAGUGAAGGAGGAGGCGCCACCUGAGCCCACGGGGACCGUUGCCAGCCCCCCUUCGGAGUCCUCCCCCAUUAUCAUCCAGCAGGCUCCACCCAAGCCUGAGACCCUCGUUCCGGAACAGGCCACCCCUUUGGAGCCUCCCUUGGCCAGCAGUGCCCUCAGCCAGUCUGCCCCCAGUUCUUUUUGGCAUAUCCAGGCUGACCAUGCAUACCAGGCUUUGCCAUCCAUUCAGAUCCCUGUCUCCCCACACAUAUUCACUAGCAUCAGCUGGGCUGCUGCCACAUCCACCAUUCCAACCCUCUCGCCGGUUCGAAGCCGGUCCCUGAGUUUCAGUGAGCAGCAGCAGCAGCCACCACCCAUUCUGAAAUCCCACCUGAUUGUUGCAUCUCCUCCUCGGGCACCCAGCGGCACCAGGAAAGUCCGUGGUGAAGCCAAGAAGUGCCGCAAAGUUUAUGGCAUCGAGCACCGUGACCAGUGGUGCACAGCCUGUCGGUGGAAAAAGGCCUGCCAGCGAUUUCUGGACUGAGAGCACACAUGUACAUACACACACACUUUGAAGUGAAGGUUUGGAGAUCUCCCUCUCGCCACUGGCCAAAAACAACCGGCGACACCUCAGUGUGUGUUGCUACAUCUGGGGGCUCGGUGGCCCGGAAGUGGAUCCUAGUGCUUCGUUGGAGAUUUUGAGAGCCGCAUGCUCAUCCUGAGCUCUGUACAGUCUACGUCUGCCAGGUUUUCUAUUUUUCGAUGUUUUGUGGGGAUGUUUUUUACACAUUGUCCUUUUUUAAAACACACACACAGUCUCCAUUUCUAUUUGUAAACAAGAGGGGCAAAGAAAGGGGGGGAAAGCAGAAAACGGCUGGCUUGAUAGAUCUUACAGAUUUCUUUCUUGGUGGGCCCAGGGACCAAAGAAUUUUGAACUGCUCCUCAAUAGGUAGAUAAGGUUGGCUGGGCUGCAGUAUGGAGCAUUAAGUCUGUCCUUCCUGCCUCCCUGAAUUUAAUUAACAGGCACAAAAGGGAACAGAGCAUGUAUGCGGAGGGGAGCAACUGACUUGCUUCUGUCUGCUGGUGUCCCC